GCAAGGAGUGAAACAGUGAGCUGUGCUAGAGGGAGGGUCAGUGUGUGUGUGCAUGCUAACAGUGUGCCUUAUGGACAGAGGGGGCUUGAGUGACUGUUGACUAGCCGGCUAGUAGGUGGAGGAACAGUAAGAACACAGUGUGAUCCAGUGUUUGUUGUGGAAUCUACACUCUCAGACCAGGAGGUUCUGGGUGACGGUGGGUUGAAGGAGCGGGAUGUCUAAGAUGACGUUGUGGUUGGGCCUUCUCCUGGCUCUCAGCGCAGGUCGUCUGGAUGCUUGGUUCUGGAACAAGGACCCUGAUCCUACUACCCAAGCCCCAACGAAGGCUCAGCCACUGGGCAAGGCAGGAGGACAGCUCAAGAGAGGUGAGGAGAACCUGUCAGGGGUUGGGGCAGAAAUCAUCAACGUGGCUAAUGGGAUCCGUAAGUUUGUGCAGACGUGGGACGCGACCCCAGCCACUUGGACUGACAGAGGAGUGGCGAGCCCUACCACACAGACGGCUAAUAAGGAGGAGUCUGUGUCUGGGGAAGGGUCUGGGGCUAAGGAAGAAUCUGGGUCUGGGUAUAAGGAAGGUUCUGGGUCUGGAGAAGGGUCUGGGGCUAAGGAAGAAUCUGGGUCUGGGGAAGGAUCUGGGUUUAAGGAAGGAUCUGGGUCUGGGUAUAAGGAAGGAUCUGGGUCUGGAGAAGGGUCUGGGGCUAAGGAAGAAUCUGGGUCUGGGGAAGGAUCUGGGUUUAAGGAAGGAUCUGGGUCUGGGUAUAAGGAAGGAUCUGGGUCUGGAGAAGGGUCUGGGUCUAAGGAAGGAUCUGGGUCUGAGAUGGGUUCAGGAUCAGGGUCUGGUUCAGUGUCUGGUGUAGGGUCUGGGUUUGGAUCAGGGGUUGAGUCUGGUGUAGGUUCAGGGACCGGCUCGGGUUCAGGGUCACGGCUUGGAGAAAGGGAAAGCUUGGUUCUCCCCACUAACCUAACAGGGGUGGUGGAGGAUGACCUCACAGGGGUUGAGGGGGUGAAACAGGGCGAACCAAAGACCAACUUCUCUGACAUCUCUUCUCUUGACCACAAUGGAACCUGCCACCUUGUGCCCUCUGAUUGGCCAAUCUGCAUAUCAAGGGGGUCAAAGCAUUUCUCGCUGCCCAACUUCCUGAACCACACCUCUGUGGAGGAGGUUGGCGUGGCCCUGAGAGAGUGGGCGUGGCUGGCCAAGGCGGGGUGCCACCAUGGAGCCGAAUGGUUCCUCUGCCUCCUCCUCGUGCCCAGGUGCCUGCCUGGCCAAGUGCUCAACAAGGUUCCCCUGCUGCCCUGCUGCAGCUUCUGCCAAGUCCUGCAAGACAGCUGCUGGCCAGCCCUGGAUGACGGGCGACUUCCUGUAGAGUGUAAUUUGCUGCCCGACAGGGAUCAGGAGGCGGGGUUGCGGUGUCCGCCAUGCGUGUCAGUUAGUCAUCGGAAAGCAGAGAGUGGUGUGACUCUACUGCAGCUGAUCGGAGACCUGCCUCCUGAAUCCCAGGCCGGUCCGGGGGGGAAACCCGCCUACUACUUCGGAGGGCAGGACGGGCUGACUGCUGCGGGACAGCCGGCCCUGGCCCACCUCCCCAACCCCUUCUACAGAGACUUCUCCCUGGUCUUCCAAAUCCUCCCCUCCAGCCCCGGGGUCCUCUUCUCCAUCACAGACGCCUCCCAGAAGUUCAUGUACGUGGGGGUGAAGCUGAGCGCCCCGGAUCCUGACGGCAGGAAUCAGAACAUUCUGUUCUACUACACAGAGCCCGACUCUGAGGCCUCGUACCUGGCCGCUAGUUUCACCGUGCCCUCCCUGGACCUUGUCUCCUGGACCAAGUUCUCUCUGUCCGUGUUCAACGACCAGGUAACCUUCUUCAUGGGGUGCGACGCCUCUGGGAAGACGGUGAAGUUGGAGCGCUCGCCGGAUGACAUGGAGCUGGACAGCGGGGCGGGCAUCUUCGUGGGUCAGGCGGGAGGCGCGGACCCUGACAGGUUCGAGGGGGCGAUCGCUGAGCUGAACGUGGUGGGUAACCCUCGAGCAGCUGAGUUACUCUGUGAAGACGAUGAUGACUCAGACGCUGCCUCAGGGGACUUUGGCAGUGGGGAUGGGGACAGAAGAGAGACCGGCAAAACUACCACACCUCCAUCUCUCCGACCAGUGCCAGAGCCCCCUCUGACAUCAUCAGUGAGCGACAGGCUCUCAGAGACAGGUGACAGGAAUCAUCAGACCUCAGUAGAGUCCAGACCAGGAUCAGGAGGUCAACCAGGCCCUACUGGUUCUAACGGAGUGAAGGGGGAGAGAGGGGAGAAGGGCAGUCCGGGGGACAGAGGUCCCGCCGGGCCAAAGGGGGAAUCGGGGUCUUUCUCCAGCUCUGCUUCUUCAUCAGGCGGAGGAGAACGUGGAGAAAAGGGAGACAAAGGCUUGAAGGGCAGUUCUGGGUUUGGUUACCCAGGCUCCAAGGGGGACCGUGGUGUACCUGGUCCCCCUGGCCCUCCUGGCCCCGGGGGGCCAGCUGCCCAGGUUGUGAGGCUAGGGGACGGCUCUGUGGUGCAGCCAGUGGUGGGGCCAAUGGGACCGAUGGGGCCCCCAGGAGCCAAAGGACCAGCAGGACCCCAGGGACCAGAGGGAGAGGCAGGGGAUCCAGGAGAGGAUGGCAAAUUAGGACCUGCCGGAGACAGAGGGUUCCCAGGAACACAAGGAGACUCAGGGGUCAAAGGACAAAAGGGGGAUCGUGGUGAUGGUCACCCAGGACCCAGGGGUCCUCCAGGGCCACCUGGACCCCCAGGCCCAGGGAAAGCUGACCGCGCUACAUUUGUGGAUGUGGAAGGCUCAGGAGGAUUCCCAGAUUUGGAGAAAAUACAGACUCUCCGUGGUCUACCAGGCCCCCCCGGCCCUCCAGGCCCCCCCGGCCCCUCAGCCGGUGGUGUCAGCUCCCAUGGGUCAGGCUCUUUCGGGCCCCCUGGACCUCCCGGACAGGACGGGGCCCGUGGCCUCCCAGGGCCCGCUGGUCCACCUGGCAGACCUGGAACCCCAGGAUCCAGUAGCGGAGAGAAGGGAGAAGCUGGUGAUCUAGGUCUUCCAGGGCCCAGUGGAGAGAGGGGUUCUCAGGGUGACCCUGGAGUGCCUGGUCAGGCAGGGCAGGGGGGCUUGGCUGGGCUUCCUGGGCCCAUGGGACCGAUUGGGCCUCCAGGACCACCCGGACCUUCCUACCCCGUGCGUUAUGGUGACGGGGAUGGUUCCGGAGUGACAGGGGUCAAUGGUGUUGCUGGAGUGAUAGGGAUUCCAGGACCACAGGGUCCGCCCGGAAUCGCUGGCCUUCCGGGAAGAUCUGGUUUGCCUGGGCUUUCGGGAGAGAAGGGGAGCGAGGGAGCAAGAGGACGGGAUGGAACACCAGGGAUGGACGGAUUCCCAGGACAAUUGGGAGACAAAGGGGAGAGGGGAGACAGAGGAGAAAGGGGUGAGCCAGGACGUGAAGGGGGGCCCCCUGGACCUCCAGGAGCCCCUGGCCCACCGGGACAGAUCUACCAGACGUCAGGCAGCUUUGAUGGAGUUCUUGGGAAUCAAGGACAGGGAGGACCAGGUCUUCCCGGCCGGGCAGGAUUCCCAGGGCCUAUGGGACCAAAGGGAGAUACAGGAGAGCCUGGACAGCCAGGAUACGCAGCUAAGGGGGAGAAAGGAGAACCUGGUAUUGUCAUGGGGCCUGAUGGAAGACCCCUGUACCUGGGAGGGCUGGGGUCUCAACCGGGAGAGAAGGGACUCCCGGGACCUGAGGGACCUCCUGGUCCCUAUGGUCCAGCUGGUCUAAAGGGAGAUAUAGGCAUGCCAGGUAGACCGGGCCGUCCUGGGUUGAAUGGUGUCAAAGGAGAGAGGGGGGAUUCAGCGGGGGGGACUGGAGGAUAUGGAGGUCCUCCAGGACCACCUGGCCCACCCGGACCCCCCGGGCCAGCAGUACCUCUGGACAGGUUCAAUAGGGAUGAUGUCUCACGGUUAUAUCCUGACUCCAAAGGAGACAAAGGUGAUCGUGGAGUACCAGGAAUACCCGGGGUACCAGGUCUCACGUCCAACUUUGACAUCUACACCUUCAAGAGGGAGAUGAAGGGAGAGAGAGGAGACUCAGGGAUGAAGGGGGAGAAGGGCGAGCCAGCCGGAGGAUAUUAUGGUGGCGGUUACGGUGGACAGGGUGGUCAACCUGGACCUCCAGGACUUCCAGGGCCAAAGGGAGAGUCCAUCAUCGGUCCUUCAGGGCCCCAGGGCCCUCCAGGUAACCCAGGAAGAGGGUACGAAGGCAGGCAAGGGAACCCAGGCCCACCGGGGCCCCCCGGACCUUCAGGAUCAUCCUCCUCACCUGGAGCCUACAGGCCAACACAGACCAUCAGCAUCCCUGGACCUCCGGGCCCUCCUGGCCCACCUGGAACUGACGGACACUCCUCUGGGGUGAUGGUCCUGAGGUCAUAUGACACGAUGACAGCCACGGCCAGACGACAGGCAGAGGGGACGCUGGUGUAUCUGGUCGACCAAACAGACUUUUACAUCAGAGUACGAAAUGGCUUCCGGCAAAUCCAGCUUGGACCAUACAUAGCUUUACCCCCUGACCAGGGUAAUGAGGUAGCAGCUGUCGACCCUCCUCCAGUGGUCUACUACCAGCCAGACCAUCCCUCUAACACGGCCACAGAGCAACCCCCCAGACAGCUAGACACCCACCAGCCACAGCCUGAGGGACAACACCCUGUUCACCCUGACCCACAUUACUCGACUCACCCCGAUCCACGCUACCCAGCCCAGCCUGAUCCACGCUACCCAGCCCAGACGGAUCCACGCUACCCAGCCCAGACGGAUCCACGCUACCCAGCCCAGACGGAUCCACGCUACCCAGCCCAGCCGGAUCCACGCUACCCAGCCCAGACGGAUCCACGCUACCCAGCCCAGACGGAUCCACGCUACCCAGCCCAGCCGGAUCCACGCUACCCCUCACAUUCAGACCCUAGAUACCCCUCAAAUUCAGACCCUAGAUACCCCUCACACCCCGACCCACGCUACCCCUCACAUUCAGACCCUAGAUACCCCUCACACACUGAUCCACGGUACCCCAGUUAUACAGACCACCAGCACAACCCUGACCCUAUCCAGCCCCAGCCAGCCCCUGUCCCACAGAACCCGGUUUACUCAGACACCCGCUACCCUGUAACCCCACAACGCAGACCCAGACCUCCUGAGACCCCCAGCCACCAACACACGUCAGGCCCAAGCAUUCACCUGGUCGCCCUGAACGCCCCCCAGGGGGGUAACAUGCGGGGUAUCAGAGGGGCAGACUUCCUGUGUUUCAACCAGGCUCGGGCCAUCGGGCUGAAGGGAACCUUCCGGGCUUUCCUCUCCUCCAAGCUCCAGGACCUUUACAGCAUCGUCCGCAAGUCAGACAGAGACCGCAUGCCCAUCGUCAACCUAAAGGAUGAGGUCCUGUUUGACAGUUGGGAGGCCAUCUUCAGUGACUCAGAGGGCAGAGUGAAGGACAAUGUACCCAUCUACUCCUUUGAUGGCAAAGACAUUUUCACAGACGGCACAUGGCCAGACAAGAUGAUAUGGCACGGUUCGACCAGCAGGGGGCACGGCCAGGUGGAUAACUACUGUGAGACGUGGCGUAUAGGGGAGCGUGCGCUGACGGGCAUGGCCUCCUCUCUACAAGAGGGCCAGCUCCUCCAACAGAGAACCAGCAGCUGUCACAGCUCCUACGCCGUGCUCUGCAUCGAGAACAGCUACAUCGGACAGUUCAAGAGAUAGGACUGACCGACCAAACGCGCGCACACACACACUACAGCCAGAUCAAGAGAUAAGCCCAAUGAAAAACACACACAAACACACCAGCCAAUCCAGGAGGCCUAACAAAACGUAAGUACCAGUGGAGGCUGGUGACUUAAAAAACAAGGAGGAUGGUAGACCCAGGCUAUAGGCGCGGAACGCACGGAGACAACAAAGUGUGUUUUAAAAAAUCGUCAAAUACUAAUUAUUUUAACCUAAAGCAUUUAAUAAAGACAUUUAUAGUACACUAUUA